CACCGUUGAACUUCACUCCAACAAUCGUCGUACCCGUGGACGUCGCCGUUGGCGGCGCGUGUCCAUUGGCUGCGAGAAACUGGUUUCUCUGGUGGUUCUCAAAGCUCAAUCCUCCAGCCAUCUUCGAAUCUUCCGUGUGGCUUUAAAUGGCUGAUCAAAUGUGUAUCAAUGUUUACCAAUAUGCACUGAAAUGGUUGUUUAUGGCUGUUUGUGGAUUGUUUUCGCCCUUCGGAGGUGAUGCUGCUGCGCGAACCAGAAACGACCGGUCUCUUUACACGGGCUGGGGGUGUUUAUUACCCAAUUGGGCGAUAUGAGGGGGUGUAACCGUGUUUCCAUCACCAGCUAUGCUGACUG